AUGGAAACCCAGCGGCAAGAAUCCUUCAAGAGGUUACGCCCAGCAUGUGUGGAGCUUAGUUCGGUGGGCUUAGCAUUCCGAGGCAAUCACACUCUAGCUUCUAAUGUGGUAGGGGCUCUUGAGCCACUUCAAAAAAUCAUCGAAGAGCUUGCAAAUCAAAACAAGCUUGACGAGAAGCUUGCGGAGUACGCCUUUUUCCCCCUGACCCAUAUUUUCAAUGAGACGAAACGACUUCCAGCCCGCUGUCUUGAGCUAGCAGUGAAAUGUCUCCAGCUACUCGUGGCAGAUGGAUGGCGUCAGCAACUAUCACCUGCUAUGGGCAAGCAAUUGAUCAUCUUGCUCACAUUGAUCCCACUCAAAGCACAAGCAGUGGAAGAGCUGUCGAUAGCUUGCUUCGAGUGUCUUCACGUCAUCUUUGAUAUGCUAGAGGGUCCGACAGCGGAGCAGACUAUCUUCCAUGAGAUUGGAACUGCAACGGUCGUCGAUCAAACAAUCUAUAUUCUGCUGGAAGGAAUUGUGGAUGAGAGGUCUGAUGACCUGUGUGUCUCUGCUUCAAGGGCUCUCAAGGCUUUAUUUUCUCGAAUUUCAGACCGUGUCGUACUGGCUAGCAUUAUGCCGAGGACAGUCUCUGCGUUAGCUAAAGUCGUGAAGCCCACAACACAGACCCGACGAUCCUACAAGCUGCUGCAGGCCUCUUUGGAAAUCUUGAAUUACCUGCUGAAGACAGUGCUCAAUGAUCGCGUCAGUAUGAUCACCGAGAAACCUAAGCCCGUUGAUGUCAACUUGAAAUCCGAGACACUGGCGUUAGACCAGUCUUGGCUGAAGGCUACAACCACGCAGAUCAAACUAGCGCUGGUAAAUAUUAUUCAAGUUCGACGACAUCAAAGACAGGAGGUUCAAACUGCAAUGUUAGACCUCUGUGUCAUGGUGAUUGAGAACUGCCCGGUCACGCUCAAAGAUGCAGUGCCUUUGAUGACGGAUACAAUGGUUGUUCUCGCGGAUAAGGAAGGCGAGGAACAGAACGAGGCAUAUCAAAUUCUUGCUCAUCUGACCACGACCUAUCCAAUUGUUCUCGAUUCCCUGAAGGAGUCGCUUCAUAGCUGGCUCCUCUCGUUCCCGCGAAUUAUGCAAAGCAAUGACGAGACCGCUAAGCAAUGGGGAAUCCGGCAAAUUUCCACGGCAUUCCAGGUGAUAUCAGAGAUACAGUCAGGAUCAGAGAUACUCACCAGCAGUCUAGCUACUGGGCUAUGUAACAGUGUUCGUGAGGUCGUGAAGUUGAGCACGAGUGGGGCCCAGCCUUUGGCAUCCAUUAGCCCAGAGAGCUUGAGGUUAGACAUAAUUGGCCCUGACUCGCAAUCAAUGGAGUUCCCUCCAAUACUGCUGGAGCAUCAAAGUCAGCAGCAAACUUUGAAGGACUUACGAUCUAUGAUCAAGAGGCUCAAUUUAUCCGAGUCUGGAAACGAGAUCACUCGCUUGGUUGUCAACCGAAUGCGGACUAAGUCUGAUGAAACUGAUAUUAGUCCCUUUUGGCUAGCACUCGAAUCUCUCCGCUCGCAGUCGCAAUCUAUGGCUGUUUUUGAUGAUUUCCUCGUGGAUGACCAGACGGACCAACACCUUUCCGUAUCAAGCCGCGCUGCAAUGAUUGAUGAAUUAUACUACAACUCGUUGAUCAUUUUGACGGAGCUCCCAGCCGAUGGAUCUGGUGAUUGGCGCACAUUGGCACUUGCUCUAGAGGCCGUCGCACUCCAAGCACAACAACUCGGGCAAGCAUUUCGACCCGAGCUCAUGGAGGCCUUGUAUCCGACACUACAACUUCUGGCAUCCAAUAAUCCCGUCCUUCAACGACACGCCAUGACAUGUUUGAACAUUCUAACCAAGUCCUGCAAUUACCCUGAUACCAGUACAAUGAUCAUCGAAAAUGUCGACUAUUUGGUCAACUCGGUUGCCUUGAAGCUAAAUAGCUUCGACGUGUCCCCAUAUCCACCUCAGGUUCUUUUCAUGAUGGUCAAGCUCUCUGGCCCACGACUCAUUCCCUACCUCGACGAUGUGGUCGACUCUAUCUUUGGCAUUAUCGACAUGUACCAUGGCUAUCCUAAGUUGGUGGAACUGCUGUUCAAAUGUUUGGCAGCUAUCGUUGAAGCCGGCUCAAAGAAACAGUCUCUCCUGACAAUUGAUGAUGGUCGGGAGAGUGGACCUCAUGACCAUCGCAAGUCUCAGCCGCAGCAUUUGUUGAUAUCUGCCCUCGCUACAGAUCUCGCAAAUCGCAAGUCCAAGCGUGUGAAGUACGAAGAAGAAGAGGGAGUGGAUGUCGACGGAAAAAUUCCUCAUCCCAAGAAACCUUGGUCAGAAACAUACGAGAAGCCUCCGGCAGAACCUGAAAGCAUCGAGGAAUUGCUGAACAAAGCGGAUUCGGACGAGCCACUUCCACCUCCUAAGGAGCCAGAGGACGCCGAGAAGCCAUUAAGCAAGACCCAUUCGCUGCUCCUUCAUAUUGUCAAAUCCAUUCCAUCUCACCUCUCCUCCCCAUCACCCUACCUUCGACGCUCCCUCCUCGCAAUCCUCAUUGACGUUCUUCCGACCCUCUCCCAAAAUGAAAACAGCUUCCUCCCUCUCAUAAACGACCUCUGGCCCUCUGUUGCAUCAAGAAUCAUCUUCCCUUCUUCCUUGUCCUCUGAAUCCUCCUCGACCAGCCUGAUUCCCCAAUCCUCUAAAUCCACCCGCUCCACACCUCAACCCGAUACACAGAGUUUCCAAGAAGAGACAUACGUCAUCACCGCAGCCUGUCAAGCCAUCGAAGCAAUGUGCAAAGGUGCAGGCGAUUUCAUGGCCUCUCGCAUCGAACCAGAAUUCCUUCGCUGGGAACGUCUGUACCAACGUGUCUGGUCAAAAGUCCGACAAGAAGCCGAGGCAUCAAAUGAACGUCGUGCUCGUCAGCAGCGCGAAGCGAAGAAGUCUUCCCAAUCAAGCUCACUUAUCCAAUCAAUGGACUCCGAUGCCUCUAGCUCGGCUACUGAGCUUACCAUUACCUCCGCUCUUGCUAUCUCCCCUCUAGCAUCUGGCUCUGGCUCUAGAGCCUUUACACCGCAUCACGCGUUAUGGCGAGCUCUACUCUCUCUAUUCCUCACUAUUCUCACACGCGUUUGUCUGCCCUUGGAAACAGGGGAUCGUAUCUGUGAGAACCUUGCUGCGUGGAUUGCAUUGUUCGUUGGACCAAAGUACUAUUUCCGCUCAGCUGGAAAGUUGGGCUCAGAUUCCUAUCCCAUCCCUGGGCUAGACGAUGCACAGAAGAAUAUGCUUGAUUCGGUUGAUGAUGCUAUCAAUGCAAUGGAGACUUGGAAUGCGGACCUAACUUGGUUCCUCUUUGUUCAGCAACGGGACUUGAUGGAAGCUCCUUCCAUUAAGCCUGUUGUGAGUGAGAUACAUGGAGCCAUGUCUGUGAAUAUUGAUGGACAGGUCUUCAAUUUUGCCGAGGUUGUUUUCUAG